AUGAGUACUCAAAGCAUAGUCAAGACUCUGACGCCCUCUUUUGGCCCCUCUUUUGAUGCGGUUAUCACGUUUCCAAACAGCAAGCCUCUUGCAAAUGCCAGAAACACCGUUCCGAUCACAAUUCACAUAAGCACCGAAGGGUCAAACGCUAAUUUGGGAUGUUACGUAUACUCCAUCGUUGAUACAAGGAAACAGACAACCACGCCUCAGGUAUAUCAGACUCUGCUCAACAACUCUUCAGAAACCCUUGUGGACCUUGGGAAACGAAUGGGACGGCUUGUCUCCAAAAAAUAUCACGUUCCCAGCUACGUUAGUUUGAGUGGGCAAUUUUCACAUCCGGACUUUGUCGUUGCUAUUCAAGAAACAAUCGCAUUAAUGGAAGAUUACUGGCAGAAUACGAGUAAAUAG